UGUAUCCCCCAGAGCUCCAUGUAUAUAAGGUACGCGAUGCUCUCGCAUCUCUGCUCUACCCACCACUCAAUCCCAAUCCAAUCCAACACCUACGACAAUGAAGCUCCUUUCCCUGCUCCCGGUCAUCGCGGGCACCGCCCAAGCCGCCGUCCAAGGCUUCGACAUCUCGCACUACCAGAGCUCCGUUGACUUCGCCGGCGCCUACAGCUCGGGCAUGCGCUUCGUCUACAUCAAGGCGACCGAAGGCACGACCUACACCGACCCCAAAUUCUCUUCGCACUACACCGGUGCUACUAACGCCGGCUUCAUCCGAGGCGGAUAUCACUUCGCACGCCCUACCUCUUCCUCCGGCGCCGCGCAGGCGCAGUACUUCGUCGCCCACGGCGGCGGCUGGUCCGGCGAUGGCAUCACACUUCCCGGAAUGCUGGAUCUCGAAGGCGAUUGCGCGGGCCUCUCUACGUCCAGCAUGGUGAGCUGGAUUUCCAACUUCAGCAACGAGUACCAUUCUUUGACGGGACGCUAUCCUGUCAUUUACACGACGAACUCUUGGUGGACCUCCUGCACGGGUAACAGCGGAUCCUUCCACGAUACGUCGCCGCUUAUGCUGGCCCGUUGGGGUAGCUCGGCUGGUACGAUUCCGGGAGGUUGGCCGUACUAUACGAUCUGGCAGUACAAGGACAGCAAUGCGUAUGGCGGGGAUUCGGAUGUAUUCAAUGGCGAUGCGACGCAGUUGAAGAAGCUUGCUACAGGCUGAUUGGAUUGGAUGCAAAGGCCUAGCCCGGUGUCCUCGGUAGUCAGAAUACAUUCGUUCAUGCGGUUUUAUGUGCUUAGCCCUAGACUGCCCUCCCCAUAUCCCGCUCGUCAUCUUUACUCUUCCUGCCAUCGCUGCUCUCGUCAUCGUCUGAGUCACUGAGUAGGCCAUCCCAUGCAUUCUCGUCAACGGAAUCCGCGUCCUC